AUGUCUCUCACGCAAGAUUUGCAAGAAACCUAUAUCAACUUUAAGGAAACUGCACCUGAGGCAGUACUCAACACAUUGGGCUCAGGCGUACAGGAGCUCAAAAAUGUGUUUGAUCCCAGCAAGACCAUCCAGGUCGGCCAGGGAUUCCCGUCCUUCGAGCUAAAGGAUGCUACAGGAAAGCUCGUCUCUAAGGAUGCUCUACUCGAGGACGGGGCAUUGCUCAUCUCCUUCUAUCGCGGAGAAUGGUGUCCAUUCUGCAACCUUGAAUUACGUGCGUUGCAAAAGCGUUUACCCGAGUUCAAAGCAAAAGGUGUCUCGCUUGUCGCCAUUUCACCGCAACUUCCGGACAAUUCCAUUUCGACUGUCGAGAAACACGAACUGCAAUUUACGGUACUAUCGGACGUGGAAAACAAACUUGCACGACAGCUCGGUAUAGUCUGGAGCCAACCUGACACUUUUCGACCGUUGUUCCAAGGCUUGGGAGUCGAUUGGCAGAAACUCUACGGCAAUGAGAACCUCGAAGUCCCUAUUCCUGCAACCUUCCUCGUCGAUAAGGAUGGCGUCGUCCGGAACAUGUUCCUCGAUCCUGAUUAUACCAAGAGACUCGACCCAGAGACGGCAUUAGAAUGGGCAACCAAGCUUUGA